CUCAGCAGGUUUAUUCACUUUCUUCCACACAAAUGCUGGGAGUUUCAGGAACAAACACACAGGAUGUAGCACACUAGGCUCGGACAGACUGAUGAAGAGUUAAGAUGUUUGGCACCACCCACGUCAAGAGAAGCUUUUUCGAAGCACCAAAGCGGAAGAUGUGAAUCUGAGCCCUCACCAUUGCUUUGAGGACAUUAAACAGCCAGAUGAAAAGCAGAGAAGAAUUGUUUCCUACCUUUGCUUCAAGAAGAGCUCCUCCAGCAGGUGAUGGAGAAGUACCAGGUCCUGGGCCUCAUCGGGGAGGGCAGCUACGGGGUGGUGAGCAGGUGCAGGAAUAAGGAGAACGGGCAGGUGGUGGCUGUCAAAAAGUUCCUGGAGAGCGAGGACAACGCGGCAGUGAGGAAGAUCGCCGUGCGGGAGAUCAAACUGCUGAAGCAACUCAGGCAUGAGAAUCUUGUGAGCCUGCUGGAAGUGUAUAAAAAGAAGAAACGGUGGUAUCUGGUGUUUGAAUUUGUGGAUCACACAGUGCUUGAUGAUCUUGAGGCAUUUCCAAAUGGACUAGACUACAGCAGGGUUCGGAAAUACUUAUUUCAGAUUUUGAGAGGAAUAGCAUUUUGUCACAGCCAUAAUAUAAUACAUCGGGAUAUUAAGCCAGAGAACAUACUGGUCUCCCAGUCAGGAGUGGUAAAACUCUGUGAUUUUGGUUUUGCUCGCACAUUGGCAGCUUCUGGGGAAGCUUACACAGACUAUGUGGCAACUCGAUGGUACAGAGCUCCAGAGCUGCUGGUGGGAGACACGAAAUACGGCAGGGCUGUGGAUGUGUGGGCUGUUGGCUGUCUGGUAACAGAAAUGCUCACAGGAGAGCCCCUGUUCCCUGGAGAUUCAGACAUUGACCAGCUCUACCACAUCACCAAAUGCCUGGGUAAUUUAAUUCCAAGACACCAAGAGUUAUUCUGUAAAAAUCCCCUUUUUGCUGGCAUGAGGUUGCCUGAAGUGAAAGAGGCUGAAUCUCUGGACAGAAGAUAUCCUAAGCUCUCUGCUUCAGUACUAGAUUUAGCCAAGAAGUGUUUGCAGAUUGACCCAGACAAAAGACCAUUCUGUGCUGAACUCUUGCAGAGCGAUUUCUUUAACAAGGAUGGAUUUGCUGAAAGUAGAUUUGCUCAGGAGCUUAAAUUAAGAACUCACAAAGAAACCAGGGACCAUCAGUCACAAAAAAAAUCAAAAGUCAGCAGAAGGGAUAAAGAUGAUGCUGUGGAAGAAAGGAAGAUGGUUGGUGUACAGGAUUUCAGCACUGACCCAAAGAGCAGAGAUGCGAAGGUGUUCAAAGUGAAGUGUUCUAAAGCUGAUGGAGAGAAAGGAGAGCGAUCUUCUGACCUGAGCUCCCUCUAUGACAGUGCAAUCAACCCAUUCAAAAUAUGCUCUCAAGCCAACCUGAAAGAUUCCAGUAGCAACUUGGGCUAUAUCAAGAAUGCAGGCAUCGUUAUUCCUCCCAUUAACCGGAAUGUUUCUCCCACUGUGUCUGCAGUGAUGCCUGUGCCUAGGAACUGUAACUACAGAGUUGAUGAAAGGAGUAAGAAUUAUUUGAAACCAUUUUUAAAGCAAAUGAAGCAUUCUCCAGCAGGCCAUUACAGUGUAAGCUUGACUUCGGUCUCUAAUGAAAAGAACAUCCUUCAGGCCAGUAAGAAGAAACGGGAAUUCUCUAAGACAGAUGUGCAUUUGCCAGAGCUAAAUCAUCUCCCUGAACUGAAAGGAGUGGAAGGAUGGCAUCCCAGAUAUCUCAAAAAGGAAAAUAAAACAGUUUCAGAGUCCCGAGUCCCCUCUCUUGCUGCUAUUGACCUUCAUAACACAAGUCUGGCCUCACAGCAGGUAACAAAGCAAUAAAAUAGUUUGUGCUGUUCUGCGUCUCUGUUGUUCAGGACUCUGAACAGCAUGAUCCACAAGAUUUUUGCUUGGCUCUUAACAGAAGCAAAACUUGCCUUGGUUUCUCAGCUGUCUGAGCAGCCAAAAAUUGGAAGAAAGGGUUGAGAUGAUUCUUGUGAAGGCUCCCUGCCCCCCGACAUCAUACAGAUUAGGAAACUAAUGGUAUCCCUGACGUUUGGGAUGGAGAUCUCUGGGGUGAUCUUGAUGACAGUGAGUGAGAAGAUGAUCCUUUGUUCCUCACUUGGGUAAAGAACUUUCCUGACAUCCAACCUAAAUCUUCGCUCCCUCAACUUAAAACCUGUUUCCCCUUGUCCUGCC